AUGGCGAAAGUCGCAAUUGUACUCUGUUUCUUUAUUAUAGCUGCAUAUAGUAGUGCUUUUCCUGGGUUACCAGGAUUCCUCGAUCCCACGAUCAAAGUACGUCAACAUGAAGAAAAAGUUACGGUAAAAAUAAAAGGCAUAUAUCAAGACGUGAAGGAAGUCUUGAAGCAUCAUAAAGAGGAAUCUAGUUUUUAUCUGAAGCAAAUGAGAGAAGUCGGCAAAGAAAUAAAGAAGAAUGCGAAACAUAAAGUCAAUGACAUAUUGAAAGAUGUGGCACAUGAAAUGAAAAUUUUAAAACACAAAGCACAUGGAAAUCAUAACGACCACUGCACAGCUAUCGCAAAGGACAUGAAGAAAAUACGUGAGAAGAUCUUAAAUGCGGUUAAUAAAUGUGUUUCAAACCAUAUGGAUGAAGCGAUAAAUGUGGAACAGAAAAUAGUUCGAGAUUCUCAAAAGCUCCUGACUAAGACUGAAGAUGUUAUUAACGAAGCUGCACAAUGUGUCGUAUCCGACGUACUUCUCAUUGAUGCAAUUGCAUGUUUAGAUAACGCACUGUCGAAGGCAAAGAAACUUUCGAAAACGGAACUUCCAAAGGUUUCAAAAGCAGCUACCCAACACAAUAAACAUAUUUCAACAUUGAAACACACACUAUCAGAAUGCUCUGUAACAAAGCUACAAUUAUCUCUUCUUCAAAAACUUGAAAAUAUCCUCAAAAAGAUUAAAAAAUGCAACAAAGCUAAGCCUGCAACUUCGACAACACAACGCCCAAAACCAUCACAUGGUACACGCGCACCACACCCAUCAGAUAGAACAAGAGCAACUACGAAAGCAUCAACUGAUAGUACCACCCAAAAAUCGACUUCCACGAAUACAAAAAGACCAGCUAGUAGUGCAACCGAAAAAUCAACCUCAAGCAUUACAGAAGCGCCAGCUAGUAGUACUACUCAAAAAUCUACCACAGGAAGCACAGAAGGUCCAAGCACUCCGAGUACAAAGGAAUCAUCCUCCAGUAGCACAGAACAACCUACUAUUAGCACUACUCAAGAAUCCAGCACAGACACCACAAAAGAACCUGCAAGUAGCACUACAAAACAGUCCAGCUCAGCAGCCACAAAACGACCUGCAAAAGGACCUGCAAGUAGUACUACCCAGGAGUCCAUUUCAGCCAGCACAGAAGCACCUGCAAGUAGCACUACCCAGGAGUCCAGCUCAGCCAGCACAGAAGGACCUGCAAAAUCCAGCUCAGCCGCCACAGAAGGACCUGCAAGUAGCACUACCCAAGAAUCCAGCUCAGCCGCCACAGAAGGACCUGCAAGUAGCACUACCCAAGAGUCCAGCUCAGCCGCUACAGAAGGACCUGCACGUAGCACUACCCAAGAGUCCAGCUCAAGCAGCAUAGAGGGACCUGCAAGUAGCACUACCCAAGACUCCAGCUCAAGCAGCACAGAGGGACCUGCGAGUAGCACUACCCAAGAAUCCAGCUCAAGCAGCACAGAGGGACCUGCAAGUAGCACUACUGAACACUCCAGUUCAAGCAGCACAGAAGGACCUGCAAGUAGCACUACCCAAGAGUCCAGCUCAGCCGCCACAGAAGGACCUGCAAGAACUGCAAGUAGCACUACCCAAGAGUCCAGCUCAGCCGCUACAGAAGGACCUGCAAGUAGCACUACCCAAGAGUCCAGCUCAAGCAGCAUAGAGGGACCUGCAAGUAGCACUACCCAAGACUCCAGCUCAAGCAGCACAGAGGGACCUGCGAGUAGCACUACCCAAGAAUCGAGCUCAAGCAGCACAGAGGGACCUGCAAGUAGCACUACUGAACACUCCAGUUCAAGCAGCACAGAAGGACCUGCAAGUAGCACUACCCAAGAGUCCAGCUCAGCCGCCACAGAAGGACCUGCAAGAACUGCAAGUAGCACUACCCAAGAGUCCAGCUCAGCCGCUACAGAAGGACCUGCAAGUAGCACUACCCAAGAGUCCAGCUCAAGCAGCAUAGAGGGACCUGCAAGUAGCACUACCCAAGACUCCAGCUCAAGCAGCACAGAGGGACCUGCGAGUAGCACUACCCAAGAAUCCAGCUCAAGCAGCACAGAGGGACCUGCAAGUAGCACUACUGAACACUCCAGUUCAAGCAGCACAGAAGGACCUGCAAGUAGCACUACCCAAGAGUCCAGCUCAGCCGCCACAGAAGGACCUGCAAGUAGCACUACCCAAGAAUCCAGCUCAGCCGCUACAGAAGGACCUGCAAGUAGCACUACCCAAGAGUCCAGCUCAAGCAGCACAGAGGGACCUGCAAGUAGCACUACCCAAGAAUCCAGCUCAGCCGCCCCAGGAGUACCUGCAAGUAGCACUACCCAAGAGUCCAGCUCAGCCAGCACAGAAGGACCUGCAAGUAGCACUACCCAAGAGUCCAGCUCAGCCAGCACAGAAGGACCUGCAAGUAGCACUACCCAAGAGUCCAGCUCAAGCAGCACAGAGGGACCUGCGAGUAGCACUACCCAAGAAUCCAGCUCAAGCAGCUCAGAGGGACCUGCAAGUAGCACUACUGAACACUCCAGUUCAAGCAGCACAGAAGGACCUGCAAGUAGCACUACCCAAGAGUCCAGCUCAGCCGCCACAGAAGGACCUGCAAGUAGCACUACCCAAGAAUCCAGCUCAGCCGCUACAGAAGGACCUGCAAGUAGCACUACCCAAGAAUCCAGCUCAGCCGCUACAGAAGGACCUGCAAGUAGCACUACCCAAGAAUCCAGCUCAGCCAGCACAGAAGGACCAGCAAGUAGCACUACCCAAGAGUCCAGCUCAGCCAGCACAGAAGGACCUGCAAGUAGCACUACCCAAGAGUCCAGCUCAGCCAGCACAGAAGGACCAGCAAGUAGCACUACCCAAGAGUCCAGCUCAAGCAGCACAGAGGGUCCUGCAAGUACCACUACCCAAGAAUCCAGUUCAAGCAGCACAGAAGGACCUGCAAGUAGCACUACAAAAGAGUCUAGCUCAGCCGCCACAGAAGGACCUGUAAGUAGCACUACCCAAGAAUCCAGCUCAGCCGCCACAGAAGGACCAGCAACUAGCACUAACCAAGAGUCCAGCUCAGCCGCCACAGAAGGACCUGCAAGUAGCACUACCCAAGAAUCCAGCUCAGCCGCCACAGAAGGACCUGCAAGUAGCACUACCCAAGAGUCCAGCUCGAGCAGCACAGAAGGACCUGCAAGUAGCACUACCCAAGAAUCCAGCUCAGCCGCCACAGAAGGACCUGCAAGUAGCACUACCCAAGAGUCCAGCUCGAGCAGCACAGAAGGACCUGCAAGUAGCACUACCCAAGAAUCCAGCUCAGCCGCCACAGAAGGACCUGCAAGUAGCACUACCCAAGAAUCCAGCUCAAGCAGCACAGAGGGACCUGCGAGUAGCACUACCCAAGAAUCCAGCUCAAGCAGCACAGAGGGACCUGCAAGUAGCACUACUGAACACUCCAGUUCAAGCAGCACAGAAGGACCUGCAAGUAGCACUACCCAAGAGUCCAGCUCAGCCGCCACAGAAGGACCUGCAAGUAGCACUACCCAAGAAUCCAGCUCAGCCGCCCCAGGAGGACCUGCAAGUAGCACUACCCAAGAGUCCAGCUCAGCCAGCACAGAAGGACCUGCAAGUAGCACUACCCAAGAAUCCAGCUCAGCCGCCACAGAAGGACCUGCAAGUAGCACUACUCAAGAGUCUAGCUCAGCCGCUACAGAAGGACCUGCAAGUAGCACUACUCAAGAAUCCAGCUCAGCCGCCACAGAAGGACCUGCAAGUAGUACUACCCAGGAGUCCAUUUCAGCCAGCACAGAAGCACCUGCAAGUAGCACUACCCAGGAGUCCAGCUCAGCCGCCACAGAAGGACCUGCAAGUAGCACUACCCAAGAAUCCAGCUCAGCCGCCCCAGGAGGACCUGCAAGUAGCACUACUCAAGAGUCUAGCUCAGCCGCUACAGAAGGACCUGCAAGUGGCACUACCCAAGACUCCAGUUCAAGCAGCACAGAGGGUCCUGCAAGCAGCACUACCCAAGAAUCCAGCUCAGCCGCCACAGAAGGACCUGCAAGUAGCACUACUCAAGAGUCCAGCUCGAGCAGCACAGAAGGACCUGCAAGUAGCACUACCCAAGAAUCCAGCUCAGCCGCCACAGAAGGACCUGCAAGUAGCACUACUCAAGAGUCCAGUUCAAGCAGCACAGAGGGUCCUGCAAGCAGCACUACCCAAGAAUCCAGCUCAGCCGCCACAGAAGGACCUGCAAGUAGCACUACUCAAGAGUCCAGCUCGAGCAGCACAGAAGGACCUGCAAGUAGCACUACCCAAGAAUCCAGCUCAGCCGCCACAGAAGGACCUGCAAGAAGCACUACUCAAGAGUCUAGCUCAGCCGCUACAGAAGGACCUGCAAGUAGCACUACCCAAGACUCCAGUUCAAGCAGCACAGAGGGUCCUGCAAGCAGCACUACCCAAGAAUCCAGCUCAGCCGCCACAGAAGGACCUGCAAGUAGCACUACCCAAGAAUCCAGCUCAGCCGCCACAGAAGGACCUGCAAGUAGCACUACUCAAGAGUCUAGCUCAGCCGCUACAGAAGGACCUGCAAUUAGCACUACCCAAGAAUCCAGCUCAGCCGCCACAGAAGGACCUGCAAGUAGCACUACCCAAGAAUCCAGCUCAAGUAGCACAGAGGGACCUGCAAGUAGCACUACCCAAGACUCCAGUUCAAGCAGCACAGAGGGUCCUGCAAGUAGCACUACCCAAGAAUCCAGCUCAGCCGCCACAGAAGGACCUGCAAGUAGCACUACCCAAGAGUCCAACUCGAGCAGCACAGAAGGACCUGCAAGUAGCACUACCCAAGAAUCCAGCUCAGCCGCCACAGAAGGACCUGUAAGUAGCACUACAAAAGAGUCUAGCUCAGCCGCUACAGAAGGACCCGCAAGUAGCACUACACAAGAAUCCAGCUCACCCGCCACAGAAGGACCUGCAAGUAGUACUACCCAGGGGUCCAUUUCAGCCAGCACAGAAGCACCUGCAAGUAGCACUACCCAGGAUUCCAGCCCAGCCAGCACAGAAGGACCUGCAAGUAGUACUACCCAGGAGUCCAGCCCAGCCAGCACAGAAGGACCUGCAAGUAGUACUACCCAGGAGUCCAUUUCAGCCAGCACAGAAGCACCUGCAAGUAGCACUACCCAAGAGUCCAGCUCAAGCAGCAUAGAGGGACCUGCAAGUAGCACUAGCCAAGACUUCAGCUCAAGCAGCACAGAGGGACCUGCAAGUAGCACUACCCAAGACUCCAGCUCAAGCAGCACAGAGGGUCCUGCAAGUAGCACUACCCAAGAAUCUAGUUCAAGCAGCACAGAAGGACCAAGCACUACGAGUACGAAGGAAUCAUCCUCCAGUAGCACAGAACAACCUACUAUUAGCACUAUUCAAGACUCCAGCUCAAGCAGCACAGAGGGACCUGCAAGUAGCACUCCCGCAGAAUCCAGUUCUAGCACCACAGGAGGACCAGCAAGUAGCGCUAGCCAAGAAUCUACUGUAAGCAGCACGAAAGUACCAGCAAGUAGCACUAGUCAUGUAUCUAUCUCAAGCAGUACUGAAGGACCAGCAAAUAGCAGUAUAAAGUCCACAACAUCUAGCGGUUGUUCAUGCGCUAGCGCGGUUACUACCGAACCUAGUACUACUGAAUCGCCGCGCGAUAUGUGGUAUGCAUCUUUAGUGCGCUGUCUAAAAGAGAAUGAUUUUGAUGAAAUUCCAAUUGUCAAUGGACGCAAGUUAAAUCGCAUCAUACAAGAAUGUCUAUUUAGCAUUGGUACACUGAGUCAGCUAUUAGCGAAAGUCUCGAACGGGGUAUCAUAAUUUUCAUAAUUAUGAUAGUGAACAAAUAAGAAUUUGUAAUGUAAAUACAAGCCAGGGACAAUGUUGCUGCAACGAGCAUUGAAAGAAAUAUCAAACUAUUCCUAACUGAAGUCAACGGAAGAAUCGAAAUUUGUACAACAAUUUCUAGAAUAUAUUAGGUCAGUCCAUAAAUUGGUUUGUUUCUCUGUACUAGAAUCGUUAAUAAAAAAGAAAAUAUGAUACAAUUUUUCUUAUAGGAUACUUUUUCUGGUUAUUUAAAACCGUUUUCCUUAACACAUAGGAUGUAUAAUAUUAAUAGUGUAACAAAUAACUGUGGUAAAAAGGACUUAAAAUUUAUUUGUUUAUUUACCAUUUAAUUUUAUUUGCUGUAAUAUAUAAUCUAAUAAUAAUUUUUUACUGACGCAUCAUUCUUUAUCACUUUUAUCCGGUUUAAUAAACUACAGAAUGCAAUAUUGAAAAGGUGACACUAAACUUGAGCCAAAAUAUUUAUCAAAUUUUGAAUCACUAUUAUAUUACGUUAGCAAAACUUAGGGAAUCCUAAUAUUUUAAUAAUGUUUAUGCCCUGUACUUCGAUUAAUAUUUAUAACAUCGAAACCAUUAUCUAGAUUCUACUUACGUAUUCUAAUUUUUUAUAGUAUCAAUGAAUCCGUAUAGAAUCUAUAUAGAUAAUAAUAAAUCUAAAUGGUAAAAGAAUGAGCAUUUUUCUAUAAUGGAUUGUACAUGCAAUGUGCAUCUAAAUAAUAGAAUAUAUUAACCUCGAAUAUAUGUACAUAUUUUUUGCGACAUGUUAUUACGCCUAACCAUUGUCAAACGUGUUUGCAUGUUAUUGCUUCGUAGCUAUCGGUUGCCUACAUUACGGCGUCUACUUCGCCUUCGAAGUCAACUUCGUUUAAUCAUGAAACAAGAUUAGAAGUUCAGUUUGAUAAAUGAAGUAAUAGGCGUAACGGUUCUUUUCCUUUUGUAAAUCAUUUUAUAUAACAACAAAAUGUUAACAAUACUUGAAGAAUUAAAUUACAAGUUACCAAAAUUAAUAAAUUCUCUUGUACAAUAGUAAUAAAUGUGAUAAAACACGUAAAGUUUAUGAAUUAUAGGCUACUUGAUUGCCUUAUUUCAUGUAAUAUUAGAGAAAUAUCAAAUAUCUUUAUAUUUAACUAUGUAUUAGUAUUGUUUACUUCCUAUAAAUCUACCUACAUCGAUACGUUCGUUUUGUGGCUACUUCAUCCUCGUGUUCUGAAGAAUCUCAUAGGACAAACAAUCGAGAUAAGACCAAAACGAAUGAGUAACUCAUUCGUUAACAAAAGUCUGGAUCGUUUCGUCCGCUUACGUUGGUCCGAUUGUGUGGUAGACUCGUUUCCCCGAUCAUAAGCCACGAUUCUCAAGGGAAAAGUGCUUCACGCCAGGAAAGGGAAAUAAGUGGCACGCGAGACGACCAGCCACGUCCUUCACAGCUCUUUCAAAGACACCGUUGCAUUUUUUCCAGCAAGCAAUGGGAAACAGUCACCGUAGUAUCCUCCAACAGUCGCAAAGGGAGAAGGAAGAGACGAAUAACGCGAAAGGUGAUUCGAUAGAAACGUUUCGUUCGAAGUUAUUUCAACGUUAUUUGUU